AUGCGGGAAAGGUCUCAGGUCGUGCCAAAGCGCGUUAUUUUCGUUGGAACAGAUCAUUCAGAUCAGCUGCAACUCCGGGAGUCCGCACACAUAACACAGCCAUUUGACUAUAUCACGCUAUCGCACUGUUGGGGCAAGCCGACCGAUGAGGAGAUGGAGCGAUUCCGUACCACGCCUCGAAACUACCAGAAACGACUAGAGGGGUUCAGCUAUCAGGGCCUUCCAAAAGCUUUCCAGGACGCUAUUACAGUGACCCGAGAAUUGAACAAGCAGUAUCUUUGGAUUGAUGCUCUCUGCAUCAUUCAAGGUGACCAGAAAGACUGGGAGGAGGAAGGUGCAAGGAUGGACAAAGUAUUUGCCUCUGCAUACUGCACGAUCGCGUCAAGUUCAGCAUCCGGUUGGCAUGAUGGCUUCCUCAAUCGCACUCAGAAUUUCUGUCAAUCAGAGGGAGUCAGCUCCGAUCAAAAGAUCAUUGAUGACUUUUGUAAGCUUGUUGAUGAAGGCCAACUGCAUACACGGGCCUGGGUGCUGCAAGAAAGAGCGCUUUCUCGCCGAACUAUCUAUUUCACUGCACAACAGACAUACUGGGAAUGUGGAAGGGGAGUUCGUUGCGAGAAUUUUACCACAUUAAGAUGUCCCACUACUAGAUUAUAUCUACUUGACUCACGGUUUCCUGAGCGGCUCGUACUCGCAGGUUAUAAAACGGCAGCCUUAUUUCUCCAAGAGCUUAUCACUGACUACUCUCGUCGUGAUCUUACCUUUCCGAAAAAGGAUAAGGUAGUUGCAUUUUCCGGCAUAGCUGAACGUAUUAAGGAAGUUCUAGCUACUGAAUUCAGAUACGGUGUCUUUCAUUGCUUUCUUUCUCGGCUCCUCUUGUGGAAGCGGGCUGGAAUGGAGAGUGAUCAAAUUUUUUACGACAAUGAUUAUGUGCCGUCGUGGUCUUGGAUGCGCUAUAACGGUAAAAUUGACUUUCUGACACAGUCGGCUCUUCAAGUCCCAAGGAACGAAAGCCUAAGCUUUGACAACUCCGAGCGCGGCAUCAAUAUCGAAGUUCGACAACUUGAAGAUUGUUAUACGCGAGAAAGGGACGGAGAGCAUAUAAUAUUCAGCAAGGCAAAGAGGGUCGAAGUUAUGAAGGGAGUCGAAGUCGGCAUCCUACAUUUCGACAUGGGUUCGACGGCCGAGGUUGAGUCUCGAAACUGUGUCGUCAUUGCAAUGAGUCAAGAUGACGAUAAGGAUGACCCUAACAAGGAAUACUAUAUACUUGCCGUACAAAGAACGUCGGGAGAGGAGGAGUAUGAAAGGCUGGGAGUUGGGCGAGUGCGAGCAUGCUACGUCUCGAAAGGAAGUACUUCUGGGAAGCUUCUGUGA